AUGCCUCGUAGGAAGCAGCAGGCGCCCAGACGCGCAGCAAUGUACGAUCCAGAUGAUGCAAUGGAGCCUUCCAUACAAAAUGAAGACCUGAAAAAUGAAGACGUAGUAACUGAAGAGAAAUCAGAUCGGAACAAUGAUUGCUCAAAUCUAGGUUUCUACAACAGAGACUCAAAGGAUUCUUCUCUAGUUGAGCUCUCAGGCUAUGACGUGGAUAGUGGAUCACAUAUAAGUGAGUCCAGUGACCCCAUGUCCGAUUUCGAGAGUACUCCAGUCAAACAUGAGGAGGGAGUCACAGACUUUCUCAAAGAAAGACAUGAUGAUUCAGCUGCAGGCACAGACAGCCUGGAACAGAUGAAAGCCAUUUACAAAAGUUUCCUGACUAACUCAUGCUGGUCAUCACUUAACUUGAAUUUAACUCGGCCAAGUAAAGAGAAAUCACUGCGGAGUACCAUUUGCGGUAGCAACACCAGUAGCAGCAGCAGCAGCAGCAGCAGCAGCCCUGAGAAUAACAACUAUGACUGGCACCAAUCUGCAAUGGCCAGAUCUUUGCAGCAGAACCCUUACAACAAGCAAGUCCAUCCAGCAGUAGAACAAAGCAUCUUCAGCACUGUGCAGCUAUACCGUCAAAGCACCAAACUCUAUGGGUCCAUCUUCACUGGUGCCAGCAAAUUCCGCUGCAAGAGCUGCAGUGCAGCUUAUGAUAGCUUGGUUGACCUCACAGUGCACAUGAACAAAACAGGCCACUACCGUGAUGACAACCAUGAGAGAGAGGGCAAAGGUACCAGGUGCUGGUCUAAACCAAGGAAACGCUCGCUGUUAGAGAUGGAAGGCAAAGAGGAUGCUCAGAAGGUGCUGCGAUGCAUGUAUUGUGGCCACUCUUUUGAGUCCCUGCAAGACCUUAGUGUGCAUAUGAUCAAAACGAAACAUUAUCAGAAAGUGCCCCUGAAAGAGCCUGUGACGACUGUGUCUGCUAAUAUUCUUUCCUCCUCCAAAAAGAGAAUCCCAUUUGAAGUAAACAUUGCUAGCUCCCCAUAUUCUGUUGAGCAGACAGCCAAAGUGGUCCAAACACAAAAGGUCCCUGGUGCCUAUCCACAGAAGAACAAGCUUUGCAAUGAACCAGAGCUGAAGUCUCAUAAUUUGGAAAUCUUGACAUGCAUGGAGUGUGGGGUCUCCCACGAUUCUUUGCAAGAACUAACAGCUCACAUGAUGGUUACUGGCCACUUUAUUAAAAUCACCAACUCUGACUUUAAGAAAGUCAAGCGCUCUGCAAGUCCACUGGCUUCACCUGUGCAAACAAUUACGUCAGAGCAAAUUAAACCAGUGUCCACAAUCCCGUCUUCCUCGCCCCUUGGCGAGACCAUGCCGUCACCUUCUUGCUUUUCGCCAGAUCUAAUGGAUAUCAAGAAAGAGAUGCAAGAGGAAGUAUGUGUGAAAGACAGCAUUCCUAAGAAAGACACUGGUGAGGAGGAAAAGGAAGAGACAUUCAGCAUGUUUUCAAAAUCUGAUUACCUUACAGAGGAGGAUCUAAAAGAGAAUCCUAAAGGGGGUCUUGAUAUAUUAAAAUCUUUGGAGAACACUGUUACCUCUGCCAUUAAGAAAGCACAGAAAGAUACACCAAGCUGGGGAGGCUACCAAAGUAUACAUGCUGCUUAUCAGCUGCCGAGUAACAGGAGGGCCAGCCCAGACAAAAUGGAGAAGACCUCGCAUUUUAAACAUGUUUUACAUGGAAUUGAGGUUCUUGCCUCUGGGAAAAGCCAAACUCUGUUCCCUUCAACCAGCAGACAGAGUUCUUCUCCCCCUAAAGUCAACCUCCAUACAAUGGAAGAACUGGUGAAGACUGUAACAGAGAAAGUUGCCAUGGUAGAGGGCCAAAUAAAAGAAAUGAAGGGACGCAAAUCUCCCCAGUCAAAGGUAAUGACAUCUCCCAUUUGUGAAUCUGUAAAACCUUUAGCUGAAGACUCACCCACAGGACCAAGAGCCACAAAUCCAGACAGCCCUGUCACAAGGAGGCACAACAUUUGUGAGCAUGGCACAGAUGAGAAGGAGGGACAGGGUAACAGAAAAGAUUUGACAAAGUCCCCUUUCACAACUCCAGUUUUAUCUGACAAUACAGUUACAUUACCGAGCUAUCCAGAGCCAACACAGCCCUUUGUUGACCCUCUAAGUGCACUUCAGUCUGUAAUGAACCUGCAUCUGGGGAAGGCAGCCAAACCCGUAUUGCCUGGAGAAGACCCUAUGAGUAUGAUCUUGAGGAUGAACAACAGCAUAGCCGAGAAGGCUGCUGUAGCUGCCCCUUCUGGUCAAACACAAAAACUUGAGGCCUGGGAUCAAGGGCUGUACAGUGCAAAUAAAGACCAACCAAUAGACUUAUCCAAAGGUGUGAGUAAGGAAGGUCAUAGGUCGAGUCCUCUGACAGGUACAUUGUCAUACUCUUCCCAGACCACAAGCAAGUUGCCUGCAGUACCAGGCAGUCCUUCACGCGAAAAUGUGCUCUCUGACAUUUCAGACAUGCUACGUACCCUGAAGGAAACUCACAUCAUAAAGCCCGUGACACCUUCCCUCAUAAGGAAGCGGUCAGAUAUUGAGGUUGUCCCCACUCAAGAGGACCUAGAGGAUGUUUCUUCAGCCCAAAAGCGAAAAGGUAGGCAGUCACAGUGGAACCCCCAACACCUGCUUAUCCUGCAAGCCCAGUUCACUUCCAGCCUUCGUAAAACACCUGAGGGGAAGUAUGUGAUAUCAGACCUGAGCCCCCAGGAGCGGAUGGUCAUUUCACGCAUCACAGGUCUUUCCAUGACAACCAUUAGCCAUUGGCUGGCCAAUGUGAAGUAUCAGUUAAGGAGAACAGGCCGGACAAAGUUCCUGAAAAACAUAGACAGUGGUAGUCCAGUAUUUCUUUGUAGUGAGUGUGCCUCACAAAUUCAAACUCGUUCAGCAUAUGUCUGUCACCUGGAGUCACACCUUGGCUUUAGACUGCAGGACUUGACCAAGCUUAGUCAAGAGACUCUUCGCAUGAAAAUGAGAAGGAAUAUAAAGAAAAAAUCUGUCCUGUCUUUGCUAACUACUCCCAGAAGUGGAAACAAAGAACAACUCAUAGCAGUGCAAAUAUGA